AUGGGCACUCAGCAAGGCCACUUGGCGAUUCCCGGGCCAGAACAGGGCACCACAAAGGCCGGCUGGGAACGGCAGAAAAACGGGGGACGGCGUCACCUGCAGUCCGUGGCAUUGAAUCGUUUGGUGUGGCCGGGCGGUCGGGGACAUCAGCCCAAAAGAAGGUGCCAGAGCGGGAAUUCACGAUGUCCGAGGGGCCAUGGGCGAAGAGACGGCGAGGAACCACCCGAUCGACAAAGCAGUUCUCAAAGCCAUGAAAAAAAGCACAUCGCACCGCCCCACCCCCUGAGUACGGCACGGCGCUUCAGGCACGGCCAGAUUUGGCGCCACAACAACAUCUUUCAUGUGAUGCGGAAAAACACGAGGCGCAGGCCUUGA